ACUCAUCCUCCCUCUGUCUGCUGAAUGCUUUCUUGUCUAUAUGAAAGGAACAAUUCUAGAUGCUCUAGAUAGAACUUAGAACUUACAAGGGACAUCGAGCUAUCAUGGUCCUUACACUAUUUUGGGCCAGAUAACAAAUAAGCUUUACCUUCACAGGUCCUGUGCAUUCCCAGAAGGAAGAGGAAAUGACUAAGUCCCAGGAAACAGUGACAUUCAAAGAUGUGGCUAUUAACUUCACCCAGGAAGAAUGGCAGCAGCUGGAUCCUGCUCAAAGAAACCUGUACCGGAAUGUGAUGCUAGAAAACUAUAACAACUUAAUUACAGUGGGCUACCCAUUCACCAAACCUGAUGUAAUUUUCAAAUUGGAACAAGAAGAAGAACCAUGGAUUGUGGAGGAAGAAGCCUUAAGGAGGCACUGCCCAGGUGGUCUAUGGGAAAUUGAUAAACAUGAGGAAAUCGAGGACAGACUUUUGACGCAACUUGAAGAUAAAGUCAUUUUAAAGUCACUGACUGAAGAAAAAGUCAAGGAAUGUUAUAAAUUCACGAAUGUAUUUCCUACAAAAUCAGAAAUUUUUCCUUCGAUUCACAAUCUUUAUGAAUAUGACUUAUUUGGAGAGUGUUUAAAACAUAAUUUUGACUAUUCUAAUAGUGAAGCAAUCCUUUUAAGAAAGGAACAUUAUGAAUAUAGUGAAUCUAUAAAAUCAUUUGGCAAUAGUUCGUCCCAUUUUGUAGUAGCCCCCUUUAAAUGUAACCAUUGUGGGAAAGGAUUCAGUCAAACAUUAGACCUCAUAAGACACUUAAAAAUUCAUAGUGGAGAGAAACCCUAUGAAUGUAAAAAAUGUAGUAAAGCCUUUACCCACGAGGAAAAACUUAAUAUACAUCAUAAAAUUCACAUUAAGGAACAGUCUUAUGGGUGCAAUGAAUGUGGGAAAUUUUUCAUUAAAAUGUCAAAUCUCAUUAGACAUCAACGAAUCCACACCGGAGAGAAACCCUAUGUUUGUAAGGAAUGUGGAAAAUCCUUCAGCCAGAAAUCAAAUCUCAUUGAUCAUGAAAAAAUUCAUACUGGAGAAAAACCUUAUGAAUGUAAUGAGUGUGAAAAGGCAUUCAGUCAAAAGCAAAGCCUUAUUGCACAUCAGAAAGUUCAUACUGGGGAGAAACCUUAUGCAUGUAAUGAAUGUGGUAAAGCAUUUCCUCGAAUUGCAUCUCUUGCACUUCACAUGAGAAGUCAUACAGGAGAAAAACCUUAUAAAUGUGAUAAGUGUGGAAAAGCCUUCUCCCAGUUUUCCAUGCUUAUUAUACAUGUGAGAAUUCAUACAGGUGAGAAACCUUAUGAAUGUAAUGAAUGUGGAAAAUCCUUCUCUCAAAGCUCAGCCCUUACUGUACAUAUGAGAAGUCAUACUGGUGAGAAACCCUAUGAAUGUAAAGAAUGUAGAAAAGCCUUCAGUCAUAAGAAAAACUUCAUUACACACCAGAAGAUUCAUACCAGAGAAAAACCUUAUGAAUGUAAUGAAUGUGGGAAAGCUUUCAUUCAGAUGUCAAAUCUUGUUAGACACCAGAGAAUUCAUACUGGAGAAAAACCCUAUAUAUGUAAGGAAUGUGGUAAAGCCUUUAGCCAGAAAUCAAAUCUCAUUGCUCAUGAAAAAAUUCAUUCUGGUGAGAAGCCCUAUGAAUGUAAUGAAUGUGGCAAAGCCUUUAGCCAAAAGCAAAACUUUAUUACACAUCAAAAAGUUCACACUGGAGAGAAACCUUAUGAUUGUAAUAAAUGUGGUAAAGCCUUCUCUCAGAUUGCAUCCCUCACUCUUCAUCUGAGAAGUCACACGGGGGAGAAGCCUUAUGAAUGUGAUAAAUGUGGAAAAGCUUUCUCUCAGUGCUCACUGCUUAAUUUACACAUGAGAAGUCAUACAGGUGAGAAGCCGUAUGUGUGUAAUGAAUGUGGGAAGGCUUUCUCUCAAAGAACUUCCCUUAUCGUGCACAUGAGAGGUCAUACAGGUGAGAAACCCUAUGAAUGUAAUAAGUGUGGUAAAGCCUUCUCCCAAAGUUCAUCCCUCACUAUACAUAUACGAGGUCAUACAGGUAGAAACCCUUUGACUGUAGUAAAUGUGGAAAAGCCUUCUCUCAAAUCUCAUCUCUUACACUCCAUAUGAGAAAACAUACAGGUGAGAAGCCUUACCAUUGUAAUGAGUGUGGUAAGGCUUUUAGCCAAAAGUCACACCUUGUUAGGCAUCAGAGAAUCCACACUCAUUAGAAGUUCUGUGGAUAUUAUGAAAAUGGAAAAGUAUUUAAAAGAAAUUAUCCCUUGUUAAUUUCAUAAACAGCUCUAGAGAAGAAUACAAUAAAUGUAGCCUUUUGAAGAAGUCUCAUUUAAAAAUCCUCUGAAUUCAUCUUAAGGUAACAUGUAUAAUGAAAAACCUGAUGAUCUAAAACCUUAGGCAGACCUACAUAUGUAAUAUUUAUCCAGCAGUCAUUUAAAAAGUGAAAUAAGAUCUGCUGCAAAAAUACCAAUGUGACACGAGUUUAUAACCAAUAAAUUAAGCAAGAAAAAGAUAGAAAAACACUACCAAAAUAACUGAACAUUCUGAGGAAAAUUUAAUUUGAAAGACCUAGCGAGAAAAUAGAAAUUUACUCCAAGAUCUCUAAGUACUUCCAACUGUUUUUCACUAGUUAAAAGGAUGAUAAGAAAUUUAAAAAACCAACUCAAAAUAUCGGAAAGAAAUAUAAAAUACCACAAAGACAGUCCCCCAGGUGGUAUAUACUUUACAAAUUAGUGUCAUUUGAAUGAUAUUGUCUUGGUGACUAAGUAAGUCACUGGCUACAGAUACAGAAAUCCAGGGAUAUUAUAGGGAUUCUUUGUAUGUUGUGAUAUUGAAAUCAUCAGAGAAAGGCUGGCCUUUUCAGUACAUGGUAGGUAUAUAUGAACAAGAGAUCUUUGUACCAUAUAUAAAAAUUAAAUCUAAAUAGAUUGGAUACCAAAAUAUAAAAAAUUCUAAAAUUAUGAUGAAAUAUUUUAUCAGAGAACAAAAUUUCUUUAAAACAAGGUUUUAAAUUAAUGGUACACAGGGGCAAGGAGAUGGACCUGGAGUGUAUGUUUUGCCUGCUAGAAGCCUGGAUUCAGUCCUGUACCACUUGGUUUCCCAGCGCUGUCUUUUGGGAUCCAAAGACCAAAACAAAUAUGAUACAAUCAAUUCUAUUUUGAUGUUUUAGCCUCAGAGGCACCAUUGUGUGUACAAAGAUUUAUCUUACUGUGUUUACUACAUCUUGGUUUGUAUUACUUUAAAUCAAACAAAUUUCUAUCUAUGAAUGAUGUAAUGAAAAUGUGAUUAUUUCUGUGAUAGAAUCAGUGUUAAAAACAAUACUGUUUGAUCAUGUAUGACUUUGGUUGCCUUCUAGGAUCUAAAAAAGUUUGGAGGGAGUUGUUAUAUUUAUCUGUAAUAUUUCCUUAAUAAAAGAAAGCAUAUAUGACUGGUUACAAAUCUAAAUAUCAAAGUUAUGUUUUUGUUUUU